CAGCAUCCUUAACCACCACCACCACCUGCUGGCCCAUGACUAGUUCUUAAGAACUGUAUUGAUAAGAAAUGUCAUUUCUGCACUUCAGUUAGUAUCCUAAAUUUGCUUCUAAGUACACUCAGUUUCUUUCAGUUUCUUUCAAGGAAUGUCUUAUUUUGGAAUCAGGUCGCCAUCAUUGGAAUUUUGCUCACGUAUGUCACGUUUUCUUAUUCAAAGUGUGAUCCCCAGUCAGCAUGCAGCGUCCACUGAGAGCAUGUUCUGGGUACGGUUCUCAGGUCUCAUUCAGACCUAAUCAGAGUUGCAUUACCCCUUAGGGAUCCAUGUGCGUGCUGAAGUUUGAGUCACUGCAAACUUGUUUCUUAGUAUUCCCUUCCUUUCCAUUAAAUGUACGUAAGAAUUGUGAGCAUGAAGUCAUAGUUUAAGUGAUCAAAAUAAUACUAGCAUCUAAUCACUCAAUAAAUGUAAACCAUCCCUAUUAUUCUCUUAGCAAAUUCACAGACCCGUGUUCUGGCUACUGUAACCCCUCGUUCGCUGCUGCAGGGUUACCCAUCGCUUCGAGUCUUACUCUCCCUGGGACUUGACUCGCCUUUUUCUUGCCUUUUCAGCCCUUCAACACUAUACUGUCUUUUGUGUUUUUUUCUUUGGUGCUUCGGCUAUAUGGCAUGCUCUCUGACCUGCUUUCUCUCUGCAGAGUCAUUAAACUGGAAAGGACCUUAGCGCUCAUCAUUCCCAAGCUUUCCUUUGGGUUUUGAGGAAACUGAGGCCCUCGGAAGUUAAGGUAUCACGAGGCUCUGCUUGGAGUUUCCUUGCUGCACGUCUUCAGCAGAUGUCCCAGACAGAGUGAAAAGGCUGGAGCAGGAAAGACUUAGUGUAGACAUUUUAAAUUCAAAGGAUAUGAUCAGUGUCCCACUGGAAGAUGCCACCACUAGCAAGAAUUUUUGUAACCAGUCUUGUCUUUCAUCAUAUGAAGAAAAAAGAAAGCCGCUUGUCACCGUAUGCACUAAUGGCAUUUUGACGACGUGCAGCGUGUGUCAGAAGACCGCUAUUAUUCAGUAUGAAAUAAAAUAUAAGAACAUGAAGCAUAGUUUUUGCAGUAAUGCCUGCUUUUCAAAGUUCCACUCUGCUAACGGCCUAAUCAUGAACUGCUGCGGCAACUGUGGCACCUACUGUUACACCAGCUCCAGCGUCUUCCACGUCCUGCAGACAGGAGGGCAGCCUCAGCUCUCCACCAGUGCAAAGACCCUGACAGCGUGUUCGCAGAAAUCAGCCAAAACACUGACAUCUAUUCCUUGCAAAUCAGCGAAGCCCUCAGAGGAUUUGACUGAGACCACCAAGGACCUGGGGAAGACCGAGCUUUUCUGCUCUGUCAGCUGUCUCUCUGCGUACAACAGAGCGAAGGCGGAGCCUUCCACAGUGAAUGUUUCCAUACAUAAUACUUCACCGGAGCUGCCUUCUCCCAAGAAAGAUACAACCCCAGUGAUCAGCAAUAUAGUGUCCUUGGCAGACACACCUGCUGCCCUGCCUGUCGCGGACACUGACGUCGCACAAGGUCUGGUUUCUUCAGUAACAGCAAAUGUCAUUGUGGAUAUUUCAAAGAGGGCACCCAGUGAUUCGAACAUUGGUGUUACCUGUAGCAGUAGCACGGAAGAGCCAAGACUUUCACCCUCGUUGGUGGUACUGGGUCGGCCAGCAGUGGCUUCCAGUGUAGACAUACAAAAAGAUACAGUGCCAAGCCAGGACCCUUCACACAAUAUGACUUCUGUGAAAAUAAGUGCUGGACCGUGUCACCCAAAGUUUACAUCCAAAGUACAAAAAGUAAAGGGUAAAUCAAGAACUGUUCAAAAACCUUGGUGUUCAAAUUUUCAGCGUUUGAAAAACAGUAGUAAAAAAGAUGUGACAUUCUGUUACUCGUGCCAGUUGUUCUACCAGAAAAAGUUUAGCUGUGCAGGAGAGUCCUGUGCAGCCCAAGGUACCUUUAAUUGGAAAAAAACUCUGGAAAAGUUCAGAAAGCAUGAAAAAAGCAAAAUACAUUUGAAGUCAUUGCAGUUCUGGAGGGAAUACCAGUUUGGUGAUGCAGCUGUCCAUGGUCAUUUAGCUACUCAUUCAAAACAGAUCGAGGGAAACUGGAAGUACCUAAAGCUUAUAAUUGAGAAUAUUUUAUUCCUUGGAAAGCAGUGUUUACCCUUAAGAGAUGACCAGUCUAUUUCAUCUGUGAAUAAAGGCAGUUUUUUAGAAUUGUUAGAAAUCAGAGCAAAGGAUAAAGGAGAAGACGUAUUUCGGCUUAUGAACUCACAAGUUGAUUUCUAUAACAGUACACAAGUUCAAAAUGAUAUUAUUGAAAUCAUCAAGGCGGAAAUGUUAAAGGACGUUGUGGACGAGAUCAACGUCUCCUCAGCUUUUUCAGUGAUCUGUGAUGAGAUAACUGAUGGCACCACUAAAGAGCAGCUUUCAAUUUGUGUAAGGUACCCACAGAAAACGUCGAAGGCUAUCUUAAUUAAAGAAAGAUUCUUGGGUUUUGUUGCUAUUGAAGAGAUGACCGGGACCCACUUACAUAGGACUAUAAAAACGUAUCUGCAGCAAAUUGGAGUUGAUUUGAAAAAAAUACGUGGCCAGGCCUAUGAUAGCACCACCAGUUUGAGGACCAAAUUUAGUAAGAUUGCAGCAGAAUUCAAGAAGGAAGAGCCAAGAGCCUUGUACAUACAUUGUUACGCGCAUUGCUUGGAUUUGGCAGUCAUUAGGUUUUGUAAAGAAGUCAAAGAACUCCGAAGAGCUCUCAGCGUGCUCAGUUCUCUGUUCCACACUAUUCCUGCAUCUGGGGAAAUGUUGGCAAGUUUUCGAAACAUUUGUAAGCUGAGUCAAAACAAAACAUGCCAGAAACACGCAUCCCAACAGUUUUGGAGCAUCCAAGACCGUACUUUACUGUCUGUGAUUGACAGUCUCCCAGAGAUUAUUGAGACCUUGGACGGUAUCUCCAGCCAUUCUGCAAACACAAGUUUGGCUGAUGAAUUGAGUGAUCUGUUGACACUGGUUUCCAAAUUCGAAUUUAUCUUUUGUUUGAAAUUUCUCUAUCGAGUACUGAGUGUUACAGGAAUUCUUUCCAAAGAGCUUCAGAGUGAAACCAUAGACAUUUUCUCUUUGUCUUCAAAAAUAGAAGCAAUUUUGGAAUGUUUAUCAUCUGAAAGAAAUGAUGUGUAUUUCAAAACUAUGUGGGAGGGAACAGAGGAAAUAUGUCAGAAAAUUACCUGUAAAGGUUUUGAGGUUGAAAAACCUACUCUUCGGAAAAGAAGAAAAAUUCAAAAAACAGUGGAUCUCGAUGAUUCAGCCAGUAUGUCUUUUCCUACCUCUAUAGAAGAACAAUACAAAAUUAGUAUUUAUUACCAAGGAUUGGAUACUAUAUUACAGAAUUUAAAAUUAUGUUUUUCAGAGUUCGAUUAUUAUAAACUGAAGCAAAUUUCAGAACUUCUAUUUAAGUGGAAUGAACCAUUAAAUGAAGCAACAGCCAGAAAUGUUCAAGAAUUUUAUAAACUCGAUGCUGACCUUAUCCCAGAGCUCAGAUUUUACCGGCACUAUGCAAAGCUCAAUUUCGUCAUCGACUACGACCGCAUCAACCUCGUCAGCCUUGGCUGCUUGUUCAUUCAGCACGGUCUUCACAAUAAUAUUCCGUGUAUCUCACAGCUGUUGUACACUGCUCUGUCUUGGCCAGUUUCUCCAGCACAUGCUGAAGACUCAUUUUCUAUCCUGCCCCGUCUUAAAACAUAUUUAUGUCAUACCAUGGGACAAGAGAAGCUCAGUGGCCUGGCCCUCAUGGCUGUGGAGCAGGAGUUGGUAAAUAAACUGAUGGAGCCCGAGAGACUAAAUGGAAUUGUGCAAAAGUUUAUCACUCAGAUGAAAGAAAGAUAAUACUUGCUCAGUUGAACUUACCUAAAAGAAUUUUGUAUUUCUGUUGGAAUGGUCAUUUUUUUUAUUUCAGUCAUGCUUCUCUUUUAAGAAAAAGAUGGUUUUAAACAGU